AUGGCUGUCUUCAUAGUCUACAAUAGGGUCGAGCUAAAGACACCCGAACUUGGACCUGAACCUGGACCGUAUCAGCAUCUAACUUUGUACGCGGCCGAAGCUGCUGUGUAUGCGCCUUUACCUGAAACUGGCUUGUUGUUUGGGGAGAACCGGGUUACCAUUUUUGUUCCGUCAGGAUCGUCUGCUGGAUCUGGAUCAAGCGGCUAUCCCGGAUCAAGAGAUCGAACCAGCAACGACCGUGACUCGAACAGCCUGAAGACAAAGUCGAUUGGCCUUAUUCUGGCCACUGCAACUGUUAAUUCCAUCUUGGCGCUCGUGGUCAUUGGAGGCGCCAUCUUGGUCAUUUGCAAGCGGAACCGGCGCCACCGUAACCUCAACACCAACCAACGCAAUUCUACCUAG